UGAAUUGUUAACUUUGUUAAAAAAAAGUUGGGGGUGAAGGCCUAUGCUUACCUCCCCCCUUGAUCUGCAUGCGAGUAAGCACAAGUGUUCAUAGACAUAGAAGAAAGAAAAAGUUGCAUAGUUAAAAGGAAUUCUGAAGCUAAUUGUAACACCCUAACUUUCAGCACGUCAUAAUCGUACUAAAAAUGAGGUGUUAUUGACCUGUUUUCCGUAUUUACUAUUUAAUACCGAGCUUUUAGUUCGAUUUCGUAUUUCAAUUUUUAAGAAAAGCCGAAAAAUUUUGUUUCUAUUAAUUAAAAUCAUAUAUCAAAGAUUUCCAAGCAAUACUAGUCACAUAGUUAGUAAGAUUAAUAAAUAUCAUACAAAAGGAUUCAAAUAAAACUCAGAUACAACUCCUAUCCCUCUGUAUAAAAUAAAAUCUUAACUAACAGGUGAGGAAAUUCUAGGAGAGCGACUCAACACAUAAACUUAAAUUCAAAUAAGACUAAUAAUCGCUGCAGCUUCAAACUAUUAUUGUGUAUUAUUAUAAUUUAUAUGACAUUUGUAUGGGGAAGUACUUUUGCGGGACAUGCAAGCUUUUUGAUGACGAUGUAUCUAAGAAACAAUACCAUUGCGGCGGCUGUGGAAUUUGCAGAACUGGAGGAUCUGAAAAUUGCUUCCACCGCGACAAGUGUGUUCAGCUUCAUUCUCAUCAAGGUUCAGAGAGAAGUAGAGAACGCCAUCGCGAUCUCACCGGCUCGCACGACCACACGGGUUCGCCGUCGCGCAGUUAGCUCCGUCGAGCAAUCACUUCCUUCGACCAGUCACCACUCGUCGUCGCUGUCUGUCUCCCACUCUCCCUACUGGCCUACUGCAUGUUCGGUUGAAGCGUUGAAGCCUGAAGCCUCAAGGUGCCUUCGAGCUCUGAGAGAAAGCCUUCGAGUUCCAGAUGAAUGGUGGAUGUUGUUUGGUAGUUCUGUUCCAUGUUUACAAAAAAUGGUAGUUCACAUUCUUAGCCAAGCAUCUGCUUCUUCAGGGUGUGAAAGGAAUUGGAGUCUUUUUGAUCAAAUUCAUACAACAAGAAGGAAUAGAUUGGAGUAUGAUAGGCUAAGUGAUAUUGUGUAUGUUACAUAUAAUUUGAGUCUUAAAUCCAGGAAGGAAAGAAAAAAAAAGAAAGCAAAAGUUGCAAUAUGAUCCAAUCGAUAUUGAAACUAUUGAUAAGGUUGAUUUUUGGGUGACGGAAGAGGUUGUUGAAAAAGAGCAUGAUCUUCCAAGUAAUAUUGAAGACUUGCUUGAUGAUAUUGAUGCUGAUUUAGAUCAAGGUGGUGGUGGUGGUGGUGGGAGUACUAGUACAUUUUAUGCUGCACCACUUGGUUUUUCUGGUUCAAGUAGUGAAAAUGAAGGUGAUGAAAUCAAUGACGCAAAUCUGCAGCAAGUUAUGGAGGAUUUUGAUGAUUGAUGACAAACUUGGAUCAUUUUGAUGCUGCUAUUUUAUGUUUGAUUGGUUGUUUUGUUUGUUGACUUUUGAUUUUGAAUUUGUAUUUGAAUGAGAUUAUAACGUUUUG